ACGUAAAGUAAAAUAAACAAAACAAAGCAAAAUAAAAUAAAGUAUAAUAAACAUGAAAGUGCCACUAGUUGGGCCCAAAUGACUAAAUGUUGUGAAGGAUGCAUUAACUGUUGUAAGAAGUUCAAUUCUGUUGUUAGAAAUCCAUCAAAACAACUGAGAAAAAAAGAAAUAAAAAAAUGAUUUAAAGGAAAAGAAAAGCUAAAAUCAAACUAUGUUGUUCCUCUUUUUUGCGAUCUUGCCUGUGAAAACAGAAGUGCGAUUCCUCACGAGGGAACAGUUCGUUUUAGAAUGUGGGUCAGCAGUAGAACCUGCCAACUGUGUGAGGGAGCAGAGGGACCGGGGGGGUCGUGGAGGUAGAAAACAGACGAGCAGCAGCCUCAAACACACACUCUCCCCCCGGGAAUCAAUAUUCAAGCCUUGAACUGUGUGGAGAAAUGAGGCCAGAACGAAGAGGGACGCCACAAAGGGAGGCCUGUGGGAUGUCAUCUGCAGAGAAGCAGAUCCUCAUUGGAAGCAAAGAGAAAAGACGGUUACGCAUGUUGUUGGAGAGAGGGGGGAGACACUGGAGCCAUUUCGGAGAACCCUCUGGACUCCAGAUCUGCAGCUCCGACUCUCCUUAAGAGACUGAAGAAGGCGCCGAACUGAAGAGAGAGAUUAUGUUGAAGUGGUUGAUUUUGAUUCAGCUGUUGCUGAAUGAUCAGGUCGAGAGCAGAGCCUCGCCUCCACCCAUCUCCACAAACACUCCCCUUCCAGCAAGCAACGCCAAUGAAGAGACGACCGUCAAACCAGAUGAAUCCCGCCUCGCGUUAACAACCUCAGAAAAGCCCGACAGAGUCCAGUCUGCUGGACUCAUAACGUCGGUGCUGAAGGCCAAACUUCAGAAGCCGAUUCAGGAUCGUUCCUACCUUCAGGGAAACAUCAGCUGUGAGGAGCUUCUAUCUGCCAGCUCUGCGGGAGACCCGCUGUCCUCCGUCUUCUCCCAGGAGCUGCUGGGUCUCUCCAUCGUGCCGGUGCUGGUGGUGGCUGGCUGCCCAGACGAGGCGCAGACUCUGGUGCUGAAGCUGUACGACCUGCUUGGAAAAGAGGAUGCCGACGAGCUCCUGAUGGAGAUGGGAGCUCUAAUAGAGGAGAAGAUCCAAAAGUCCACAUCUGCUCCAUCCGGGUCAGACAAAGCUGGAGCAGACCGCCACAUGGCGGCCGUCAUGUUCAACAUUCAGCAGUUAGCCUCGGUAGAUGAAGGUUCUGACGUGCAGGAGGCCCACUGUGACGGUUGGAUCAAAGUGAAUGGAACCAUGCUGGCAGGAAGUGAUGUCACAGGAAGUGAGGGUAGACUGGAGGACGCUGUGAACCGCUGUGACGGACUGGGAGCUCUGUGUGCCGGUGUGACCAGCACCGGACCGCUCACGCCCGGGUUGUACCGAGCGGUGCUGAAGAAAGGAAGCAGCAUCUUUCCCUUCUCCUCCCCGGAGUCGGAGUGCUGGAUCCGUCAGUGCAGAACCCCGGAGGACGGUAUAACCGGGCCCGCCUCGGGUCAGCGCUUGAAGCGCAGCCCGAGGAGGAGUUGCAUCAACAAAAACGAGGAGCGCGUGUACAGCGUGGUGGAGUGGAUCCCAGGGGUCAGCACGCUCUACAACCUGGGAUCCGCCGUGUACUACGCCUCCGUCAACUGCUCUGCAACCGCCAAGGAGAGAGCCAUCCUCACCGCGGUCGACCUGGGGACAGACGCCCUGAUGGUCGCCACCGGGGGGGCUGCUGGGGUGGCGGGGUACGCUCUGGGGGCGGGAGUAAAGACGGGAGCGAAAGCCGGAGUUAAAUACAUGUUCAACUCCAUGGCAGAAGAGGACGAUGUGCUGGUCAACCAGAGAAGCUGGGAGGGCGGAGUCCUAACGGUCGACUAGAUCCAAGGAUCAUUGAUAAUAAUGGGUUACAUGCAAUUCAUCUUUUUUGAUUGGUUGACAGGGUGAACACAUUGCUAUUUUUGAAUUGUAAUUAUAUUAGCUCUUUAACAUCGGAGCUCUAGUGUUUAUUUUCUUUGAUUUACUGCAACUUUCGACCGUUAACGUUUGAAAAGUUACAUUAUGUUAAAGAUUUUUUUGAGGUGUGAAAGGGUUACCGUCUUUGCUUCUAACUUUUUUUUUAUUUUGCUUAAAGAUUGCAAUAACAAAAUAGUUAUCUGUCUAAAGAAAUUUUAGAAUAAAAUAGUUUUACCGAAAGAUCAUUUGCUGAAAACUAAUGCAGAUUUAAAAGAAAAAUAUCUAUAUUUUUGGUUACUAAUUUUACCCAUUACUGCUUCUACUACUGGUUCUUCUAAAGCCAACACCAACAGGUUUGAACAAUUCGAAGGUAACAUGUCGGCUCUACUUUUACUUUGCAAAACAGAAAUAAAAUGUACAUAUAUGAUGAAAGAAAUGUAAAUAAAAAGGCCUUGUUUCAUCUAUGCGUACCCAUUAAAACCAUAGAAACUAGUUUGCGUUUUAUGUGUCCGGUGAUGUAGUAGUUAGCACUUUCACCUCUCUGCGAGGAGGCCCUGGUUCUGGUAGACAGUUGGUUCCAUGUGUAGCAGGUUUAUUAGUUCAGACAGGAACUAAACACAGCUGUAAGUCCACAAAGCUAAAUCAGGGUCAGACAGACGGGGGUCAAUCACAAGCAUGGGAUCAUCCGAGAAGAGAGUGGAGAUGUCAGAGUCCAGACGAGGGGCAGGGCAGGCGGCAAACAAACAGAGAUAAUCCAGAAGAUCAGGUCCAGAUAGAAACGCUCAGUAAUGCAGGCAGGAUGGCACAAACAAUACCUCGCACUGAGUGAAGCUCUGAGCAGUGCUGAAGUGUCCUGUGGGUGAUUGGCAAAUGAGAGAGCAUUCCCAAGGACCUGUGUGCUGGGGCUGCUGGGAGAUGUAGUGCUGUCAGUUCUCUGGAGAUGGCCCUAGACGAGUGUAUUCUCUACCCAUGUGGAAGUUGAAUGUUCUCCCUGUGCAUGUGAGGGUUUCCGCCAGGGAAUCCUCUCUCAGUCCAAAACGUGUUUCAUUGGGUAAUUGGUGACUUAUGUGGGAAUAUGAGUGUGUGGUUGUGCGACAGAAUGGCAAACUCCACCUUCACCCAAAUGUGACUGGGAUAGGCUCCAGCAACCGUUACACCUAAACAGGUUUCUGGUUUAGAAAAAGGAUAAAUUAGCUUAUAGAUUAAAUUGAAAUGGUCUAAUUUAUCAUCUUUGGUUCAGAUUUUCUCUUUGUGAAUUUGUUUUUUCCUCUGUUCAUCAUCUUGUGUAAUAAAUGUUCAAUUGUUUUGGAUUAA